AUGUCUACUACAAACGGCCAGAGCAGCUCCUUCGCUGCCAAACAUAAUUUGCCUUCACAUUUCAUUGGUGGAAACAGGCUAGAUCUUGCUCCUCCAAGCAAGGUCAAGGACUUUGUUGCAGCCCAUGAUGGUCACUCCGUCAUCACAUCGGUUCUUAUCGCCAACAACGGUAUCGCUGCGGUGAAAGAAAUUCGGUCGGUGCGAAAAUGGGCAUACGAAGUUUUUGGAAAUGAGCGCGCUAUUCAGUUCACUGUCAUGGCGACGCCUGAAGAUUUGCAAGCCAAUGCUGACUACAUCCGUAUGGCGGAUCAAUAUGUAGAAGUCCCUGGUGGUACCAACAAUAACAACUACGCAAACGUGGAGUUGAUUGUUGAUAUUGCUGAACGUAUGAAUGUUCAUGCUGUGUGGGCCGGUUGGGGUCACGCUUCCGAAAAUCCCAAGCUACCAGAAUCUUUAGCCGCAUCACCCAAGAAGAUAAUCUUCAUUGGUCCCCCCGGUUCUGCCAUGCGAUCUCUUGGAGACAAGAUUUCGUCCACGAUUGUUGCACAACACGCUGGUGUUCCGUGUAUCCCCUGGUCCGGAUCCGGCGUCGACGAGGUCAAGGUCGACAAAGAUGGAAUCGUGACUGUUGACGAUUUCGUCUAUGAUAUGGGCUGUACACACUCUUGGGAGGAGGGUCUGGAGGCUGCUAAGAAGAUCGGCUUCCCCGUCAUGGUUAAGGCUUCUGAAGGCGGCGGUGGUAAAGGUAUCCGAAAAGUUGAGCGGGAAGAAGAUUUUGCUACACUGUAUAAUGCCGCGGCUAGCGAAAUUCCCGGAUCGCCUAUUUUCAUUAUGAAGUUGGCCAGCAAUGCCAGACAUUUGGAAGUUCAGCUGCUCGCCGAUCAGUACGGUAACAACAUCUCUCUCUUCGGCCGUGAUUGCUCAGUCCAGCGACGACACCAGAAGAUUAUUGAAGAAGCUCCAGUCACCAUCGCCAACAACAAUACUUUCCAGGCUAUGGAGCGUGCUGCUGUCAGCCUUGGUAAGCUGGUCGGUUACGUUUCAGCGGGUACCGUCGAAUACUUGUAUUCGCAUCAAGAUGACAAGUUCUACUUUUUGGAACUUAACCCUCGUUUGCAAGUCGAGCACCCUACUACCGAGAUGGUCACUGGCGUCAAUUUGCCUGCUGCUCAAUUACAAAUUGCUAUGGGUAUUCCUCUUCACCGCAUUCGCGACAUCCGCCUUCUGUACGGCGUUGACCCUCACACCUCCUCUCCCAUUGACUUUGACUUCUCCAAGGAGGAUAGCCGCUCGGCCCAGCGUCGUCCUCAGCCCAAGGGUCACUGCACCGCUUGCCGUAUCACGUCUGAAGACCCCGGUGAGGGAUUCAAGCCGUCAAGCGGAACCAUGCACGAACUCAACUUCCGUAGUUCGUCAAAUGUUUGGGGUUACUUCUCAGUCGGUUCAUCUGGUGGUAUCCACAGUUUCUCCGAUUCUCAGUUCGGUCACAUCUUCGCUUAUGGUGAAAACCGUACGGCAUCCCGUAAACACAUGGUUGUUGCCUUGAAGGAACUCAGCAUUCGUGGUGACUUCCGAACCACUGUCGAAUACCUCAUCAAGUUGCUCGAAACCCCCGCUUUUGAAGACAACACAAUCACCACUGGCUGGCUGGACCAACUGAUCUCUAAUAAAUUGACAGCCGAACGUCCUGAUUCGACCUUGGCUGUCAUCUGUGGUGCUGUUACACGCGCUCAUCUCGCAAGUGAAGCUUGCAUUGCCGAAUAUCAGUCCAACUUGGAGAGAGGUCAAGUUCCUUCCAAAGAGGUCCUCAAGACCGUCUUCCCGGUUGAGUUCAUCUACGAGGGAUGCCGCUACAAGUUCACCGCCACAAAAGCUAGCCCUGAUAGCUACCACCUCUUCAUCAACGGUUCCAAGUGCUCCGUUGGUGUCCGUGCUCUGGCUGACGGUGGAUUACUUGUCUUGAUGAACGGCCGAAGCCACAAUGUCUACUGGAAAGAAGAAGCUGCUGCGACUCGCAUGAGCGUUGAUGGAAAGACCUGUCUCUUGGAGCAGGAGAACGACCCUACCCAACUUCGAACCCCUAGUCCUGGUAAGCUCGUCAAGUUUACCGUCGAGAACGGUGAACAUGUCAAGGCUGGCCAACCCUUCGCUGAGGUCGAGGUCAUGAAGAUGUACAUGCCUUUGAUCGCCCAAGAAGAUGGUACUGUCCAGUUCAUUAAGCAGCCCGGAGCCACCCUCGAGGCUGGUGACAUUCUCGGUAUAUUGGCUUUGGAUGACCCAUCCCGUGUGAAGCAUGCUCAGCCAUUCACCGGACAGCUCCCCGAUAUUGGACCUCCUCAGAUCGUUGGAAACAAGCCCCCUCAGAAGUUCACUCUUCUCCACAGCAUUUUGGAAAAUAUCCUCAAAGGUUUCGACAACCAGUUCCUCAUGAAACAAACGCUAAAGGAACUCAUCGAGGUCCUCCGUAACCCAGAGCUUCCUUACGGCGAAUGGAACGCACAAUUUGCAGCUCUUCACACCCGUAUGCCCGGUAAACUUGCCACCCAAGUCUCCCAGGUGGUUGAACGGGCCCGAUCUCGUCAAUCCGAGUUCCCCGCCAAGCAGCUUCAGAAGACCAUUGUCAAGUUCAUUGAAGAGAAUGUCAAUCCUGGUGAUGCAGACAUUCUCAAGACCACCUUGAGCCCACUCGUGCACAUCAUUGAGCUCUACAAAGAUGGUCUCAAAGUUCACGAAUACAACGUGUUCAUCGGACUCUUGGAACAGUACUACUCCGUUGAAAGCCGAUUCACCGGUCGUAACACUCGUGACGAAGAAGUCGUCCUCAAAUUGCGUGACGAACACAAGGAAGACAUUCGCUCUGCAAUCCAAAUUGUCCUAUCUCACACCAAGGUCGGCACCAAGAACAAUCUUGUCCUUGCAAUUCUGGAUAUCUACCGUCCCAACCAGCCCAAUGUCACAAAUGUAGGGAAGUACUUCAAGCCCAUUUUGCGUAAACUCGCAGAGUUGGAAUCUCGUGCCGCAUCCAAGGUCGCACUCAAGGCUCGCGAGCUGCUUAUUCAGGCUGCUUUGCCUUCUCUCGAGGAGAGAACUGCCCAGAUGGAGCACAUUCUCCGCUCCUCUGUGGUUGAAUCUCGCUAUGGCGAGGCCGGUUGGGAUCAUCGAGAGCCAUCGUUUGAGGUCCUCAAGGAAGUCGUGGACUCCAAGUUCACAGUCGACGAUGUUCUGCCUCAAUUCUUUUCUCAUUCCGACCUUUGGGUCACAUUGGCUGCGUUGGAGGUUUACAUUCGUCGGGCUUAUCGUGCUUAUAGUAUUAAGGGUAUUCAGUAUCACACUGAUAGCGAACAGCCUUUCAUUUCCUGGGAUUUCGCUCUGGGUAAGAUGGGACAAGCAGACUUUGGACUUCCCGUUGCCUCCUCACACCCAUCUACUCCGGGUACACCUACCACUGACGGCCCCAACCCUUUCAAGAGGAUCCAUUCUAUCAGCGACAUGUCAUACUUGGUCAACGAGGAUUCAAGCGAAAUUCCUCGCAAGGGUGUCUGUAUCCCUGUUCAGUAUCUUGAAGAAGUUGAAGAGCAACUUGUACGCGCUCUUGAUGUUUUCCCUCGCACCACUGCUAAAGCGACCAAGUCUUUGACUGCCGAGCUCAGUGGUAAACGCCGACCUCCUCAACGCCAGGACAGUGAAGGAGAACUUUCUGGAGUGUGCACCGUCGCCAUUCGUGACGUGGAGAAUCUUGAAGAUGCCGAACUUUUCUCUCAGUUCAACAAGAUUAUUUCUGCCCACAAGGAGGACCUGCUCUCUAGGCGUGUUCGUCGUGUUACAUUCAUCUGCGGACACAAGGAUGGUAGCUAUCCUGGCUACUUCACUUUCCGUGGACCUUUGUACGACGAGGACGAGGAUAUCCGUCACAGCGAACCUGCUUUGGCUUUCCAGUUGGAGUUGGGCCGUUUGUCCAAGUUCAAGAUCAAACCCGUCUUCACCCAGAACCGUAACAUCCACGUUUACGAGGCCAUUGGCAAGGGUCCUGAAGUUGACCGCACAACUAUUGACAAGCGCUACUUCACUCGUGCUGUUGUGCGUCCAGGCCGUCUCCGUGACGACAUUCCUACCGUGGAAUACCUGAUCUCUGAGGCUGACCGACUGAUGAAUGAUAUCCUUGACACUCUUGAGGUUAUUGGAAACAACAAUUCCGAUCUCAACCAUAUCUUCCUCAACUUCACGCCAGUGUUCCCCUUGCAACCCAAGGAUGUCGAGGAUGCUUUGGCUGGAUUUGUGGACCGCUUCGGUCUCCGUUUGUGGAGACUUCGCGUUACUGGUGCUGAGAUCCGUAUCUUGUGCACUGAUCCUACAACAGGCCAGCCUUAUCCUCUGCGUGUCAUCAUUAACAAUACCUUUGGUUUUGUCAUUCAGGUUGAGCUGUACAUCGAGAAGAAGUCAGAGAAGGGUGAAUGGAUCUUCCACAGCAUUGGAGGCACAACCAAGGUUGGCUCUAUGCACAUGCGCCCAGUAUCCACGCCUUAUCCUACCAAGGAAUGGCUGCAGCCCAAACGUUACAAGGCCCAUGUUAUGGGAACACAAUACGUCUACGAUUUCCCAGAACUGUUCCGCCAAGCAUUCCAAAAUAGCUGGACAAAGGCUAUUGAGAAGGUUCCAGGUCUGCUUGAGAAGCGUCCUCCAGUUGGUGAAUGUAUUGAGUACAGUGAGCUUGUCUUGGACGAUACCGAUAACCUAGUUGAGGUGUCUCGUGAGGCCGGUACCAAUUCGCACGGUAUGGUUGGCUGGAUAGUCACAGCCUACACUCCGGAAUACCCCAAGGGUCGUCGUUUCAUCAUCAUCGCCAACGAUAUCACCUACCAGAUUGGUUCGUUCGGUCCUCAGGAAGACAAGUUCUUCCACAAGUGUACCGAGUGGGCAAGGAAGCUUGGUAUCCCUCGUGUCUACUUGUCUGCCAACUCUGGUGCUCGUAUUGGCAUGGCUGACGAGUUGAUUCCUUAUUUGAACGUUGCCUGGAACGAUCCUUCCAAGCCUGAGGCCGGCUUCAAGUACCUGUACUUGACUCCCGAAAUCAAGAAGAAGUUGGAUGAGCGCAAGAACAAGGAGGUCAUCACCGAGCUUGUGAAUGAAGACGGUGAAGAACGCCAUAAGAUCACAGCCGUCAUUGGUGCCAAGGACGGACUUGGUGUUGAGUGUCUUCGUGGUUCUGGUUUGAUUGCUGGUGAGACCUCACGCGCUUACGAGGACAUCUUCACCAUCACUCUCGUCACUUGCCGAUCCGUUGGUAUUGGUGCCUACCUUGUGCGGCUCGGUCAACGUGCCAUUCAAGUCGAAGGCCAGCCUAUCAUCCUUACUGGUGCUCCUGCUAUCAACAAGUUGCUUGGUCGUGAAGUUUACACUUCUAACUUGCAGCUCGGUGGUACUCAGAUCAUGUACAAGAAUGGUGUUUCCCACAUGACUGCCAACGACGAUUUCGAAGGUAUCCAGAAGAUCGUUGAUUGGUUGUCAUUCGUUCCUGACAAGAAGGGAGCUCCCGUUCCAAUCCGCCCAUUGUCUGACAACUGGGACCGUGAUAUCACUUUUGUUCCACCAGGUCGCCAACCAUACGACGUACGAUGGUUGAUUGGCGGAAAGCAGGAAGAAGACGGCUUCUUGACUGGUCUCUUCGACAAGGACUCAUUCGAAGAGUCUCUCGGCGGCUGGGCUAGAACCGUUGUUGUUGGUCGUGCUCGUCUUGGCGGUAUCCCCAUGGGUGUUAUCGCUGUCGAGUCACGUUCAGUCGACAAUGUUACUCCAGCUGAUCCCGCCAACCCCGACUCCAUGGAAAUGGUGACCACCGAGGCUGGUGGAGUUUGGUUCCCUAACUCUGCUUUCAAGACCGCCCAGGCUCUGCGCGACUUUAACAAUGGUGAACAACUUCCAGUGAUGAUCUUGGCCAACUGGCGUGGUUUCUCUGGUGGUCAGCGUGAUAUGUACAAUGAGGUGCUGAAGUACGGUUCUUACAUUGUUGACGCUCUUGUCAAGUAUGAGCAGCCCAUUUUCGUAUAUAUUCCGCCAUUCGGCGAACUUCGUGGCGGUUCAUGGGUUGUUAUUGAUCCAACAAUCAACCCUGAACAAAUGGAAAUGUACGCUGAUGAAGAAGCACGCGGUGGUGUCUUGGAGCCUGAGGGUAUCGUCAACAUCAAAUACCGUCGCGAGAAGCAACUCGACACUAUGGCUCGCUUGGAUCCUAUUUAUGGCGAGCUUCGACGACAGCUUGAUGACAAGUCGCUCAGCAACGAACAAUUGUCUGAUAUUAAAUUGAAGAUGGCUGCCCGUGAAGAACAGCUUUUGCCUGUGUAUAUGCAGAUUGCCCUGCAAUUCGCCGAUCUUCACGACCGUGCCGGGCGUAUGGAGGCCAAGGGCACCAUUCGCAAACCCCUGCAAUGGAAGAACGCCCGACGAUUCUUCUACUGGCGUCUCCGCCGUCGUUUGAGCGAAGAAUUGAUCCUCAAGCGCAUGAUCGAUGCUCAACCCAAACCCACUCCCAAGACCGCCAAGAGCGGUGCUGUCCCCGCCAGCGGCAUUGUUGCUCCUUCAUCAACCGCUCGCGAAUCUCAUCUCAGCACUCUCUUAUCCUGGAGUGGCCUAUUAGCCAGUGAAUGGGAGCACAACGACCGCAAGGUCGCUCUCUGGUAUGAAGAGAACAAGAAGAACAUCUACUCCAAGAUUGAAGCAUUGAAGACUGAGACUAUUGCAUCUGAUGUUGCUCAAUUGCUGAUUGGUAACAAGGAAGGAGGUCUUAAGGGUGUGCAACAAGUUUUGAGUAUGUUGCCUGCUGAGGAACGCGAGUCUGUGUUGAAGUAUCUUGCCUCAGUGUAA